CAAUGGUGACGUCAUCCCGCAUUUGUACGAACCACCGGACCAUUUCUUCCAGCUGAAGAGGUACUUCGUACACGCUUCUAAUGUAGGUACUCAAGUCUUUUACUCAAAAGUAACCUUUUACAAUUUCUCCGUCCUUUAUUCAAUUCUCUCGUCUAUAUGUGCGCGUGGGAGAAGGGAGCAUUUCAUCAUGGCUCGGCGCGAUAUAUUGAUCGCACGCUCCAUAGUGUUUGCGAUCCUAACGAGCAAGGACGACGUCAAGCCAACUCGUAAUCCCUCGUGUCUGAAACGAUUUCUUCGUUUCUUCUAUAUCUACUGGUUAACCUUUCGGCCGGUACAGCCGGAUCUAUUCAAGGCAUUGCGUGGCGUCUGGCAGAUCAAGGAGGAAGAUUACAGGGAUAGUUUCGAUAUCAGGAAACAAAAGCUGAGGGACAGAAAGGAGAAGAGAGCGCUAAUCCCUAUGGGUGAUAUGGGUUAUAGCGGCUCUACAUUCUACCAUACUAGCGACAACUGCUUCCUGGUGAAGUCCAUUCCCAGACCUUUCGAGCACAACUUCUUCAAGAGCGAUAUGCUAUUACCAUAUGCCGACCACGUUCGCGCCAACCGUUCCAGUCUGUUAGUGCGUAUCACCGACUUCCUGGAGAAUACCCAUCAGAGCAUCGGUGUGAUGUUAGGCGUUACGCCAAGCCACCAUAUCAUAAUGGAGAAUAUCCUCUACGGAAAACCUCAAGAAGCUCAAGGAAGUUCCAACCCAAAAUGGGAAUCGUGGGACCUCAAGCCCAGCUCGUAUUUCUUUCCCGAGAGAGAUAUCGCUGGAGGUGCCCUAGCAUCUGAGGCAACUAAAUCGAAACUUGCCGAUGAAUUCAACGACCGAAUUCUACUCUCGGAGGCUCAAGCUACCCAGUUCCAGCGUCAGCUUGAAAAUGACACCCUGCUCCUUGCAAAUUGCGAUGCUGUCGACUAUUCACUCUUCCUCGUCCGGAUUUCCGCCGAAGACGCGUCGGAGGGCGGGUCCCAAUCGCCGCUUGAGACGGGACAGAUCGGUAACGAAUCCAUUCCUCCAGCUCAGGCCCCCUUCACGCCUCCUAACCCACCAACCUGGCGCACCGGGGUAGCGUCAAGCAACGGCAAAGAGGUAUAUAGAGCGGCGAUACUGGAUUUUUUCUGGGCCAAACACACAAUUCAUGCGAAGGCGAUGACGGGGUUGGUCAGGAGCUAUAAUCUUAUCGACGAUCAAGGGCCUAUGAGUAUCACUGCCGACAGCAAGGAAUAUCGGGAUCGGUUUCUGAACAUGUGUAUGGAGCUCGUCGAGGUACAGGAGUAAGGAUCGGUAAUUAUGUCUAUUUUACUUAAGUCAGCUGGUUGUAGUAUUGGGCGUUCAUGGAAAGGGGUAUAGUCCCAAAGGUUAUGGUGUCUUAUUUUGUUGCUGUAUGAGGUUACGAAUUCUCAAGAUACCCCCGAGCACUUUCAUCAAUGAUUACCAAGUCCCUACCUACUGUACAUUGAAACUGGGCUAUUCGUGGCGGGUGCACUUCAUCGUCUUCGUUUUAUGUGGUAGGAAGGUAGGUAGAUGAGGCGGGUGCUUUAUACCCC